AUGGGUUUCUUCAAGACUCUUGCAUGUGCUGCUCUCGCAGCAAUCCCCAUAACUUCCGCCUACAUCAAUAACCUGAGUUCUCCUGACACUGCGGUCGCCGGCAGCAAAAUCACGGCAACCCUCACUACGUCUAUCUACGUACAGAACUUCAUUGAUUAUUCUAUUAUCUGGGGUCUUGCUCCAGCCGCCUGGGACUGCGGUGAAACUAUCUGCAUUGGGCAGCAGAUCGACUACACGUCAAUCUACCCUGGUUCAGUCCCAUUGAAUAGCUUCACUGUCAACCUCACAAUUCCUGACAGCAUUUCUGCGGGUGACUACAAGCUCGUGGCAGCUGUUCCUUACUUGGUUGGCGCUUCAGGUACCAUUGGGACCAAUGCUUUCUACACCAACCUAACUGUCGCCGCUGCUUAG